GGGGAGUGUUUUGUUUUUAUAGAUCUUGUGGUUGGUGGAAGUGUUUACUUAUUAUUAGCUUUGGUCCAAAAAACAUUUAAGAGAAGUGAGCCAUUAAAUACAAAGACGACGACGACGCUUACCCCAAAACUCGAAUCCCUAGGUUAACCACAAAACCUGUAAAGCUCUCUAUCUCUCUAUCUCUAUACUUCCUGUUUAUCUCGUAUAUCUUCCAUGGAUCCACUCCGCAAAAGGUUUUAGGAUAAAAAGAAAGAAAAAGAAAUGAGCUUUAACACCCAUCAAAAGAGUACCAAACCACCAACAACGUUGAACCCUCAUGCUGCUGAGUUUGUUCCAUUUACUCUACGCUCUCCUUCAUUACCUGAAUCAUCAUCAUCUGCUGCAUCACGCCAUUCAGAUGAAGAAGAAGAAGCGCGUCAGUUCUGGAAUCACCAACUUCCUGAUGAUAUUACCCGAGACUUCAACUUGAUGACUCAAGAUAAUGACUAUGAUGAUUCUGGGAGUUUCUCACUAGCUUCCCUGUCCUUGGACGAAGCUGAAAAGUUUCCUUGUGCUAGUCAAGGAAGAGGAAGGUUUAUGUUUUCAGACCAACCUGGAGAACAUAAUGCUAAUGGUAAUGGGGAAAUGGAGGUGGGUCCUGUGGAUUUUCUUGCGUCUCAGUUCCCUGGAUUUGCUUCUGAAAGUCUAGCACAAGUGUAUUUUGCUAAUGGCUGUGAUCUGCACUCCACACUUGAGAUGCUUACUCAGCUCGAGCUACAAGUGGAUGGUGGUGGAUUGAAUCAGAAGAGGAGCCCAAAGAGUUUUGCUGCUCCUAAUCUUACUCCCAUGGAUUUCCCUGCCCUUAGCCAGGGGGAUGGUCUGCAGCAGCAAAAGGACAACAACAACAUGUUUUUCUUCAAGUCAGAUUAUGUCUCUGCUGUCAAGAAGUUAGCUUCCCCGGAUUCUGGUAUGUGGAAGUAUCAACCAAACGAUUCAGCAGACUCCUCAGCUAUUGGCUCCAGCAGAAACUCUCUACCCUUGGCUGGUGGUGCUUACAAGAGUGGGAGUAUGUACUCUGAUAAGCUGCAUAAUCGAGCACCAAGUCGACCUGCUCCUGUCUGGCUGGAGACCGGGGACGCCGUUGGUAAUAUGUAUUCUAAGUAUCGCGAGGAAGCACGUGACUAUGCUCGUCUGCGGAAUGUAUACUUUGAGCAGGCAAGACAAGCAUACCUUGUUGGCAAUAAGGCCUUAGCUAAAGACCUAAGUGCCAAGGGACAGUUGCAAAACUUGCAGAUGAAAGCUGCUCAUGAGAAAGCUCAAGAAGCCAUUUACCGUCAGAGGAACCCAGUGGGUGAAGGGGGAAGCGAGAGAAUAAUAGACUUGCAUGGAUUACACGUGAGUGAAGCACUUCAGGUGUUGAAGCAGGAGCUGAGCGUGUUGAGGAGCAAAGCUCGAGCAACACAAGAGAGGCUUCAGGUUUACAUAUGUGUAGGGACUGGCCACCACACAAGGGGUUCCCGCACACCAGCUAGACUCCCUGUUGCUGUACAGCGCUACCUACUUGAAGGAGAAGGCCUUGACUAUUCCGAGCCUCAAGCUGGUCUCCUCAGAGUCAUCAUAUACUGACACACUUAAAAUGUCGCCAUGCUAUUCAUUUUGUUGUAUCUGUUCUGUACAUGGGAAGAGAGAGUAGCUGAAAAAUGAUGAAGUAAGAAGGAAAAAAUGUUUUAGGUUUGUAGCAUCAGAGAGGAUCAACUUAUACACCUCUUACGUUAAUCUUUUUGUGGGGCUUUUUCAUGAUUUUUUUUUUGUUGAUUCUCUAUGGUUUUAUACAGUUUCACUCUAUAGAUGUUAAUACCCAUUUCUUAUCA